UUAAAAGUAGGCGUUACUAUCUUCCUUCAACGAAUUUUGCUCUAUAAUUUGCGAAAUUCCCGAACCCUCUAGUGCCACCUAGUAGCGAAAAUAAGAAUUGUCUAGGGCCUGCUUUCAAACUUUGAUACUUAGGGAAAUAUGCACUUUCUUCACUGAGAGUGGGAUUUUUCGAAUGUUGUUUUGAUCGCCAUUUUUGCUUGCCUCUGCUGUCUCGCUUAAAUUGCUGUGUUAUUAUGUCCCAUGAUUUUUAUAAAAAACGCAACUUGCAUUAAUACUGUUGACGACUUGGAACGGAAUUCGGAUAAUGAUUUUUUGGAUAUGGACAAACCUAUGGUUUCUCAUACUGAUGCUGGCGACAUGGAACGGAAAACGGACGAUGAUUUUUUGGAUACGGACAGUCCUAUUGUUUUCCAAAAUGUUGCUGAGGAUGUUGAGCAAAGUGUUGAUCAUGAUCCAGAUCGAGCCACAAGCAGUCUCGAAUGUAGUUCUUGCAGAAAAAUGUUUAAAAAUAGAAAAACUUUACGAAAACAUGUGCUUAAAUUUCAAACUUCAACUAAAUGUGCUUAAAUUUUAAGGGAUCAAAGAAGGAUUUAAAAAUACAUUUUGAAGCAGAUCACGACAUUGAUAUUGAAGAAGAAACUCUUCCAUUUGAAAGUGAAAAUGACUUUGUAGCCUGGAAAGCUAAACUGGAGAAUGAUAAUGCUGUUAGCUAUGUUAAAGAGCGUGGUGUUGCCCAUACUACAACUGGUGUGGAAAAACAGUUCUUCAUCUGUAACAGAUCUGGUUACUAUAAAUAUAAAGGUAAAGGACUGAGACACUUAAAAACGCAAGGCAGUAGAAAAAUAAAUGGCUAUUGCCCUGCUGGCUUCACUGUGAAUAGUUCCGCAGAUGGGUGCCUUCUAAAAUAUAUCAAAACGUAUAUUGGCCAUACAAAUGAAAUUGGACAUUUGUCAUUAACCGAGGAAGAAAGAAGUUUCUUUGCUGCUAAAAUUGCAACAGGGAUUUCAUUUAAUAAAAUUUUAGAUGGUGUUAGAGACAAUAUCCCUCCUUCUGGAAUUAGGAGAGUUCAUUUGCUAACAAAUAAAGAUCUGCAUAAUAUUCAAAUGGAAUUUGAGGUUGAAGCUUUUGGUCUGAAAAGUGAUGCUGCAAGCAUUGAUCUUUGGGUGAAUCACAAAGAUAAUAAAGAUGCUUUGUUUUAUAAAUUUCAAGAGAACCAUUGUCCAAAGCAUCAAAAUUUGCAAAGUUAUGAUUUUGUGCUUAUUAUUAUGACGGAAGCACAGAAAGAAAUGCUAACUAAAUAUGCUCCUGAAUGCAUAUAUAUCGAUAGCACCCAUGGCACAAAUGCUUAUGAUUUUCAACUGACAACAUUGCUAGUCCUCGAUGACAUGAGGCAAGGACCUCCAUGCGACUUCAUGAUUUCAAGUAAAGUCAAUCAAGAUACAUGUGCUGUGCUUUUUAAUGAGAUUAAAGAUGUUUUAGGGGAUAUCUCAACUGCAAUUUUUAUGUCUGAUAUGGCUGAUUCUUAUUAUAAUGCCUGGUUAUUAACAUUUCACACUAUCCCUACUAACAGACUUUAUUGUGCCUGGCAUGUUGAUAAUGCCUGGAGAAACAAUCUUAACAAAAUAAAAAACGACAAAACCGCGUUUUUGUGUACAAAAUUCUAA